AUGGCUGCUGUAUUUCAUAAUAGAAAAGCAACUGUAGAAUCGUUUGGAUCGGGCUCAGGAGAGCAAAUACUGAUUCACGCUCAACCAAGGGCAUCAGAUGACUCAAAACCAUUCAAUGGAUUACUUAAAUAAAAGAGAAAGUUACUAUAAUCUGCUGCACAUGCUCGAAAACCAUAAACUUAAACAAUCUAUACAGCAAAUGCUUAUGGAGACGUCUAAAAGAAAAAUUCAUUCGCUCAAGUCAAUGGAUAAGUCGUUGGAAAAUCAGUUUUUAAGCAAGGAACCCAACUCAAUACUUUUAGCAAUGGAAUUAGCUAAGGAAGCAAUGCUAUGCUGAAUAAAAACAACAACUAUCCAGGUCAAUUGAAUAACUAGCAUCAAUAGUUUGGUGGUACGAUGUCCUUGAAAGAAAUACUAUCACCGAAUUUCAACAUUGUCAGUCAUCAAAAGAAUCAGCCAACCAAAGCCCUUCAGGAAUUAUAGAGCACCUAAAAUAUUCCUAGUAACCAAACUCAAACUAAUGCUUUGGUGUAAUUCCCUCCUAAUAACUUCGGAAAUGUGUUUAAACUUAACUAGAGACCAACUACUAGUGCAUUUAGGGGAUAAUCCGGUAGGAAAAAAACUUUUUCAAUGAAAAGAGAAGAAGCUAAUAAUGCUGAGAAAUAUUUAGAUGAUUAUUUGAGAAGAAGCAACCAAAAUAAUCUCUUUACGAAUGAUUCAACUGCCUAAAUCUUAUCAGAGCCAACUUUAGACUAAGAAUAAAUAAGAUAAGGAGCUAAGGAGUUAUUUAAGCUUUCAAAGAAACACUCAAACGUCAAUAAUGAGAGCACCGAGAGAAUAACUAGCCAAAAUUAAUCAAGCAGACCAUAAGCUCACUUAAAUGUAAACAAUUUCUUUUCAGGAGCUAAAAAUCACUAAGAACUUGCUUAUGAGCAAGAACUACCUGACUAAUACUAAGGAACGCAGCCAAUCAGCAAAUAAAGAGCUACAACAGCUGUUUCAUCAGUGAGAGCAAAAAGGAAAGCGAGUGCAAACUCUAAUUCUAAUCUGAUGAACAUGAACCCUAAUGGAUAAGGAGGAAAAUAAGUAGUUAAUCAUAUACAAACUCUUAUCCGAAAUAGAGCAUUCAACGGCGAAAUUAUCACUGACAAUACCCCUGCAGCAAGUGGAGUUGGUCAUGAACUUCAAAAGCAAUGCAAUAAUUUCUUUACUACCGAUCUUACCACAAAGCCGAAUGGGCCUGCUGUGAGACCUUAAACAGGAAGUUACAGACAAUCCUUUAAAGGCAUGGUGAGCAGUAAUGCUAUUAAUGCAAUCUAUGGAAGAUUUAGUACUGGAUCAGACGCUAAUAGUCUUCCAGGAACUGCAGCUAAUAUUUAAAAAAUCCAUACUGCAGCAAUCGGGAUCGAUAAAUAAGAAAACAGCUUUACUAAAAAGCUGAAAGAUAACAGAGAAGCUUAUAAGAUCUAGCAAUAGCAAAAUUAAUUUUUCCAGAAUACUAAAGGAUUCUAGAGAAGCAGUUCAACAGCUGGUUAAGGAAUUACAAGACUUCAUGAGUUUGCAACUCAAGGAUGUUCAGAUAUUAAUGACUAUAAUUUGGGCAAGUAGAUUGGCCAUGGAGCUUAUGCUGUUGUCAAAGAGAGUGUGCAUAGACCAACAAACGAAAGAGUAGCUAUAAAGAUUUAUGAUAGAUACAAACUUAUGGAUCUUCAGAGAAAGAAAUCAGCUUUGAGAGAGAUUAAGAUCUUGAGUAAAUUGAAUCAUCCCAAUAUUGUAAAGUUAUAUGAGAGCAUAGAUACAAGUAAGCAAGUCUACUUAGUGAUGGAGUAUGCUGUUGGAGAUUCUCUGCAUGGUUACCUAAAAGCUUAACCCAAUAGGAGAUUGCCUGAGGAGGAAUGUAAACGUAUAGUAAGGUAGCUACUCUAUGUCUUAGCCUACCUUCACUCUAAAAAUGUUACUCAUAGGGACAUCAAAUUGGAGAAUAUUAUCAUUGAUAAAAGAGGAAAUGUCAAACUGAUUGAUUUCGGUUUCUGUUGUUGUACCACUGCAGACACCCGACUUAAAAUAUUCUGUGGAACACCUUCAUAUAUGUGUCCAGAGAUAGUGAUGAAAAAGGAAUACUUAGGUCCUCCCACAGAUAUCUGGGCAACAGGAAUCUUGCUCUUUGCAAUGCUCUGCGGUCAGUUUCCAUUUAAAGGUCUCUCUGAUAAGGAUCUCUAUAAGAAAAUAGCUCGAGGAUUAUAUGAUGUCCCAGACCAUGUUAGUAGUGGUGCGAAGAAUAUAAUUUAGAAGAUGCUUAAUGUAGAUCCAAACAGAAGAGCAACUGCAUAAUAGCUAAUUGAAGACUAGUGGAUUAAAGGAUCUAAAACAGACAUAUAUCAUCACUAGACAAGUGAUAUGUUUUUAAGUACGAAUGAAAGCAGUCAAUAAAUAAAGGAAAAUGAAGGCUGGAAGCUAUUUGAGAAGAAGCUUAUUCAAGCUAAAAAUCCGAUUGAUGAUAAAAUCAUGAAUAAAAUCCAAUGA